AUGGGAGGGGACCCAUCUAGAAGGAAUCAGAAUUUGUACUGCACCUAUCACCGGGACAAAGGUCACACUACUGAACAGUGCCGGGUGUUGAAGGAUCACCUCGGGCAAUUGGUUAAGGCCGGGCAUUUAAAGGAAUUUGUGUUGGACUCGGGGGACAGAGUUGCGGUUCAAGAUACUCGGCAAAGGGGGAACCCUCUUCCACCCCUUGUAGGGGUGAUUGAAGUUAUCCAUGCUGCCCCGGAAGGGCUCAUUACGGGAAGAAGGAAAGAAGUGUUGACUGUAGUACCAAUAGAAAGUCGCUCGGAAGUACAGUCGCUAGAGAAGAAAAUGAAGUUUGCACGGGAGCCUAUCGCAUUUGACGAUGACGAUUUGGAGGGAACAAUCCAACCACAUGAUGACGCAUUAGUGGUCACGACUCGGAUAAGUGGCUUCUUGGUAAAAAGGGUAAUGGUAGACCAAGGACGCGGGGCCAACGAAGUGUAUCCAGAUCUAUUCAGGGGGCUCGAACUGAAGAAGGAGAACCUUUUGAAGCACACUUCACCCUUGGUUGGGUUCGAUGGUAAGGUAGUAAUUCCGGAAGGGCAAAUUUCACUUCCCGUAAUUAUGGAAGGGAAGGAGGUAGUAGUAACAUUUACAAUAGUAACUUCAUUUUCUCCGUAUAUGGAGAUUCUAGGAAGGUCGUGGAUCCAUUCAAUGGGGGCUGUCCCAUCUACCCUACGUGUAAAAAUCAAGUUCCCAACCGAGCAGUGCAUUGCCAUGAUAAGGGGAGACCAGCAAGUGGCAAGACAGUGCCUUAUUACCGUAGUUAAUUGGAAGUGGGGGAAUCAAGUCAAUCAAGGAGAACAACCAAAUAAUAGUGAGAGACAAGGAGAAAGGGCAGUUCGAACAGGAGCAGGUUGGGAGGGAAGAUCCAUCCCAAAGGGUCCCUUUAUAGCAAUCACAGGAGCCCUGAGAAGGAAUGGGGGCUAG